GUUUAUUUUGUUUUAAAUUUUUCUCUUGUUUAUUUGACAUAUUUCUUGCACGUCAUAAGCUUUACUUUGAUGCUUCGAGCGUUCGGUACUUUCAUGAUUGAGUUUCAUUCAAUUACUUUGUGAUAAUUAUAGAAUUUCGAUUCACUUGUUAGUAAAGUGGGUAUAAGUAAACCGUCGCCUUUCGUUUUCUGAAGAGGAAUUGAAUUCUUGAUCGUGAGCUUUCGAUUCACCGUUACGAGAUGUACAUAAAAUUGAAUGCCCAUUUUAGCUGUCUUGGAAUAUGGUUUAUUUUCGUGAAGUUUGAAGUUGCUAUCUCGCCAAUUUUCUUCAAAUCAAAACAGAACUAGUUAUGGCAUUAGUGCCAAUUCUGAUUAGUAGCUGGCAUAAUUGCAAUUUAUCUUCCGAUUAGCUAUUUCUGCUAGAGUUUGGUUUCGGGUGUUGAUUGUUUGCUAUGUUAUUCAGCCAGAUGUUACACAACAAAGCAUGACAUCAUCAGAAUUGGCACCAGUCGUUGUCGUUCACUAUGGCAUUCCAUCAACUGCAUCAAUUCUUGCUUACGAUCCCAUCCAAAGCCUCCUAGCAGUAGGGACAUUGGAUGGCAGGAUUAAAGUGGUUGGAGGUGAUAACAUUGAAGGUCUUCUUACAUCUUUCAAAGCCGUACCAUUUAAGAACUUAGAGUUCCUGCAAAACCAAGGUUUUCUAGUGAGUGUCUCCUAUGAGAAUGAAAUCCAGGUAUGGGAUCUCGUCAAGAGGCGUAUAUCAUCUAAUAUGCAAUGGGAGUCUAAUAUAACUGCAUUCUCUGUUGUCUCCGGAACCAAUUACAUGUAUGUCGGGGAUGAAUAUGGUUUUCUGUCUGUGCUCAAGUAUGAUGCUGAAGAAGAGGAUCUUCUUCAAUUACCAUACCAUGUUCCUCCAAACCUUAUUGCUGAAGGAGCGGGGGUUUCAUUGCCUGAUCAUCUGUCCAUUGUCGGUGUGCUGAACCAACCUUGUUCAGGUGGGGACAGGGUUUUGAUUGCGUACGAGAAUGGAUUGAUUAUUCUAUGGGAUGUCACUCAAGAUAAAGCUGUGCAAGUUAAAGGCUAUAAUGAUCUGCAACUUAAAGGGGGAACCAUUGUGAACUUCUCAGAUGACAAGAGCCAUACCUUCAUAAACGAUUCAUUAGAUAAUGAAGAAACCCAAAAAGAAAUAAGCUCUCUCUGUUGGGUAUCUCCGGAUGGCUCAGUAUUAGCCGUAGGUUACGUGGACGGAGAUAUAUUGCUGUGGAACCUAUCAGUUCCACACAAUGGAAAAAGUAUGAGAACUCCGCAAUCAAAUGAUGUGGUUAAGAUACAGCUAUCAUCUGGAGAUUCAAGGCUUCCUGUUAUUGUUCUUCGCUGGGGUCAUAAUAAAGCUCAGAAUGGGCAAGGUGGUCAGCUCUUUGCCUAUGGUGGAGAAGAAAUUGGAUCUGACGAAGUAUUGACGAUCCUCGAUCUUGAUUGGUCAUCUGGGUUAGCAAAGUUGAAGUGUAUUGAGCGGGUUGACCUUGCACUCCAUGGAUCCUUUGCAGAUGUAAUUACGAUAUCAAAUCCAUAUAAGAUGGAUAAUGAUCACAUGAUGUCAUUAUUUGUAUUGACAAAUCCAGGACAAUUGCAUUUUUAUCAAUAUUCGUCUCUCUCUAUCUUAAAGUCCGAUAGAGGAAUUAACCGAUCCGUGCAUGCCCUUCAAUAUUAUUCAGUUAUACCUACUGCAGAACCAUAUAUGACACUGGGAAAGCUAUACACGAUGCACACGAAAGGGAACAUUUUGCGUGCACUAUUGGAGACAGUUUCACCUCCAAAACACCAACUGAAUGGCGGGAGUACAAAGUGGCCUUUAACAGGCGGUGUUCUUCAUAGAGUGCCCACAACUGGAAGUAAUAAUAUCAAGAAAAUUUAUAUAGGAGGAUACCAAGAUGGAUCAGUUCGAAUUUGGGAUGCGACAUUUCCAGUGAUGUCCCUUGUUUCUGUAUUUGGAUUUGAGAUAAAAGGUAUUCAAGUGGCUGGAGCAACUGCUUCGAUAUCAGCAUUGGAUUUUUGUUCUGCCAACUUAACUUUAGCUUUUGGCAAUGAAAAUGGUUCUAUUUUCCUUUAUAGGCUACAAGGAACCCCAAAUCAAACAACAAUUACCGUUGUCACUGAAUCCAAAUGUGAAGAUCAUCAGUGCAUGCUUGGAGAGAGAAUUCAUUGUUACAUAAUAUAUUCCCUACUUAAGUCUCCCGUGUGCGUGUUGCAAUUCACAACAUCUGGAGCCAGGCUUGUUGCAGGUUUUGAGUCUGGACAGAAAGUGGCAGGGCUUACUUUUGCUUCUCAUUCUCGUUUUCCUUCUCCUGCUUCUCCAAAAGUUGCUGUUCUCGAUAGUACUGCACCUUCUGUUUUAUUUAUUACCGACUCUGAGCUUACUGCAAAGUGUUCGGCCAUAUCACUAGUUGUUAAAACCACUUUUGGUGAUCAUGAAAACAAUGUAAAGGACUCUGAUUAUAAAACUGAAAUCGAAUAUACCAAGGAGAUUGCUAUUGUCCUCAGUGGAGAUGCUCAUGUGCUUGUGAUGGACUGCACCAGUGGGAAUAUGAUCAAUUCACUGCCACUGUUUCUGAAAGAAAAAUCAAUCGCAAUAAGCAUGCAUUUAUUAGAGGUAAAGCAUCAAUUUUCUGAAAGGAUAAAAGAUGAUUCAACUGCAUCUUUCCAGCAUAGCGAAGUUCAAAGUCAGCCUUUGCAAACUGGCCCUCAAAAUCAACAUCCUCAAAAUCAACAUGGUCUAUCGGAUGUUGAAUUUUUGCAGUCUCCAAAUUUAGAAUACAUGACACUGGCCUCUCAAAUUUUGCUUUGUUGUGAGGACGCUUUUUACUUAUACCCUGUAAAAUCAUUCAUUCAGGGGGAUACAACAUUUGUGCAUGAAUUGGAGCUUGAGAAACCAUGUUCUUGGACAGAAAUCAUCAAGAGAAAUGAAGAAAAAUAUGGACUUCUUGUAGUUUAUCAAACUGGAGAAAUUGAGUUAAGGUCAUUACCAGAGCUUGAAACAUUGGGCAAAACAUCGAUGAUGUCAAUAUUACGGUGGAACUUCAGGACCAAUAUGAACAAGACGAUGAGUGUUUCUGAGAAAGGGCAGAUUACCCUGGUCAGUGGGAAUGAAUAUGCAUUUGUAUCACUUUUGGCAUCUGAUAAUGAAUUCAGGAUUCCCGAGACUUUACCCUGCUUACAUGACGAAGUCCUUGCUGCUGCUGGUGUUCCUGAAGCCAAAAUUUCCCAAAGCCAGAGAAAGGCAAUAAGUGGCGUGCCUGAGUUUGUCAGUAAUUUGAUGAAGGGUUUGAAAGGGGUCAAAGAAGAGCAGGAUAUAAAUUACAAUGAAACCCAUGAAUUUUUGACUGCGCAUUUCGAAAAAAUAUUUUCAAGGUUUCCAUUCUCAGACCCCUUAGAUGCACUUGACAUAGAAGACUUGGAACUCCAAAUAGAUGACAUAGACAUUGACGAACCGUUACCUGUUCCUUCUGCAUCAUCCUCCCAAGAUGUUACUCAUGAAAUCAAAAUGAUAGGAACUGAGAGAGAAAGACUGUUUGAAGGUAGUUCCACUGAUACCAAACCAACUGUUCGAACACGUGAAGAAAUUAUUGCGAAAUAUAGGAAGACAGGAGAUGUGGCAGGUGCAACAUCAGAAGCAAAAGAUAAACUUAUUGAACGACAGGAAAAGCUCGAGAAACUAAGCAGACGAACUGAAGAGCUACAGGCAGGGGCUCAAAACUUUGCCUCAUUAGCUAAUGAGCUUGCCAAGCAGAUGGAAAAGAGAAAAUGGUGGCACAUAUGAAUUCACAUUCUUCUCAUCUCCACAACACAUGCUUUGAUUCGUUUCUUUCUUUCUUUCUUACUUCUUUGAACAAGCAGGGCAUCUCCUCCAAUCAU